GAAAAAGUGUGUCCGGAUUUUAUCAUCACUAAGCAAGUUGAAAGAACAAGCAUUCGCUCUAUGUAUUAGGCUUCGCGGCUCUUUCAAAGGCCAGAGCAGCUUUCCUUCAGGUAUUCUUGAAUCACUCAGCUUGGCGCCAUUGCCAGCCAAUUGGGACUCCAUCGCAUUGAUCGCUGUGCUUGGCGGGCCGUUAAAAUACCCUCUCAAAAACAUUCAUUCCCUUGAAUGUGUGUGUGUUUUUUCUUAGCAAGCACAUACAUAUUUGAUUCAGCUGUUUUCAAGGUUGAAUUUUGGACUUGACAACUCUGAGGUCUUUGUUCGCUAAAGGUUUUUCUUUUCUUUGUGGGCCCAGGUUUGACAUCGUUACGUUGUUGAAUGUGUGAUUGCUUCCUUAGAAGAGGCUUUCAAGAGAAACAUAAAAUGGCCGAGUGAUGACUCCGAGUCAUUUUCAUAACCCCUCCAUCCAGUCUUCAAAAAGUCCUUGUGUUCUAUGAACUUCUGGAGUUUUUAUUAUCUCUUAACCACGACUUAAAAGCUAAUUCGAGCUGUUGCCUAACCAGAAGAGUUUGAGUUCGAAGCAUGUCUGAUUCCGAGGGCGUCCAGGAUCAGGACUUAACCAAUAAUGUCCAUGACGCUGAUCCCGAGAAGAAUUGUGUCGUCGAUCCUGCCCGUGUGCAGGUCGCCACCAAGGCCAAUCGUGAGGCUGGUGAAAAGGCUUUGGAACGAGAGAUGAAAGGAGUAGUCAAGGAUUUUGACAUGGAAACCAAGAUGGUUCAGUUGAAAUUGGAAUCGGAACAAAACGGCCAAUCCCUGGAUUGUCAAUGUGAGGCCGUGGGUUCGGAUAGUCGAGGAGUUCAGUAUCAGUGCCAUUAUCGGAUCGGAUCGAGGUCCGGAGAGAGUGAUGGUGCUCCGAUCUCGGAAAACGUGUCCAAGGAGUGCUCACCUGAGUCAUUGCGGGUCCAAGAAAUCGAAGGGAAAUUCUCCAUGAAUGUCCCAUACGAGCGAACCCGAUCAUUAAAUGCACCAAGUCCCAUCCAACAGUUUGGACCAUGUGGCAGAAUUAUGAAGAACUCCGCCAUGGUGAUGACAAUCCAAGAUCCGGCCUCUCAACGGCUCACAUGGUACAAGCCUCCUCUAACAGUGUUGGUGAUCAAGAAGGUUCGAGAUGCCACUGUGAUUCCACCCUUCAUUCAAUUAGUCCAAUGGUUCACCCAGGUUAAAAACAUGGUGGUCUUCGUCGAAUCAGCAGUACUUGAAGAUCCUCUUCUCACCAACUACUCAGGGUUCACAACCUCCAAGGAUAAACUGAUGACCUUUUCUGAAGGCAAGGACGAUUUGACUGACAAGAUAGAUUUCAUCGUGUGCCUCGGUGGGGAUGGCACCCUCUUGUAUGCUUCAUCCUUGUUCCAACAGUCCGUCCCACCCAUAAUGGCCUUCCAUUUGGGCUCCCUUGGGUUUCUCACUCCGUUUGAAGUGGACAAUUUUGAGCAGCAAAUCACACACGUUUUAGAAGGACAUGCUGCCUUAACCCUCCGAAGUCGGCUUCGUUGCAUUGUCAUGAAAAAGGAUAGCUCCGGAGAUGUGAAAGCCACGAAGCCCACCACCAACCUGUUGGUCUUGAACGAAGUUGUGAUUGAUCGUGGACCUUCUCCCUACUUGUCCAAUAUCGAUUUGUACCUGGACGGCAAGCUUAUCACGUCCGUUCAAGGCGACGGUCUCAUCAUUUCCACACCUACAGGCAGCACUGCCUAUGCUGUGGCUGCGGGCGCCUCGAUGAUCCAUCCUUCUGUGCCAGCCAUCAUGGUCACGCCCAUCUGUCCACAUUCAUUGUCUUUCAGGCCCAUUGUCGUUCCUGCCGGUGUUGAACUGAAGGUCACCCUAAACCCAUCCACCAGGAAUACGGCCUACAUGUCCUUUGAUGGCAGAAACCAUCAAGAACUGCGUGCCGGAGACAGCCUUCGUGUGACCACCUCAAUCUACCCGGUGCCUUCCAUAUGUGCCCAAGACCAGAUCUCGGACUGGUUUGCCUCUUUGGCUGAAUGCUUGCACUGGAAUGUGCGUAAGAAGCAAAAACAUUUCGAUGAGUUGGCCGAUUUCACACGAUGUUCAUCGAACGAGACCUUGGAUUCCUUGGAUAAGUUCUCCGAUAAAGUGGACACUAACUGAAUCUGUCCCGCAAUGGUGCGGGAAAAACUGGGGGAAGGAAAGGGCCCCAUCAUGACCACUUGAUCAGGAGAAAGCACCCGAUCAAGUCCAAGUAUUUUAUGACCAAGCAAUUUAACUGAAAGAAGGAUGGAUAGUAGAUGGAUGAACGAAAAGAAGUAUUGUUAAGCCCUUUCCUUGGCCCCCUCCUCCUCCUCCUCCUCCUCCUUGACCUCCGACUCGUGGAAAGCCGUACAUGAACACACGUACAAGAAAUGACAACGGAAAGAAGACUGAACGAAGAAAAAGAACCCACUGACAGUGCUGCCUUCCGCCGAUGCAUUUGGCACGACACAAGAUGUCCACGAGGAAAUUAGUGUUGGCUUUCUGACCAAUAACGCCCCUCCCAACCCUUCUAAUGAAUUAUAUUCCACUCCGUUUUGCAAAUGAUGCCUUGCAAAAAAAUACAAUAUCUAUAUCUAUCAAAAUCUAUGGACGAACAAUUAUGAAUCAUCACAAAUUCUAUUGAGAAAGGAAGACGUAUGACCCUGCAAAACAAGAAACAAUGAUAAUCUCCUCCUCAUUCAACGCCUGGACGACCACGAAGACGACGACCCCGGCAUCAACAACAAGAACAACAACGCAAACGGCGCCUUCUAUGACUUUCAUCAAAUCUUGAGACAUAUGCACUAAAUUCCGAACGUGGCCAAUCCAUCUCCACCUCAAUAUCCUUCUUAUGCACUAACGUAUUCAACAUACGCAUCAUGAUGUGUUGUUUCAAAAAUGCCUGUGUUUUCGAGGCUAUUUUUGUAUUUCUCAUUUUUUUCACCUAUCAUCCUUCAACAAAGAUGAAAACGAGCUAUUGCAAAAUAUACGCCAACUAAUUCCGUUUCACGAGCA